AUGAAUAUCCUCACGUUAUCUAUAAUCGCGACAACCGUCUAUCUCCUCUACAAACUCCUCUCGUUUAUCCGCUUCUACAUAAUUGGUCUCCGCACGGGCUUCCCCUUGAUUCUCACCCCGGUGUUCUCACGAUCAUUCUUAUGGCAGGUUGUGGCACCUGCCUUGAUGCCGGUUAUUAGGCACAAGCUUCCGCCAUGGAUACUCAUGCGUCUUGAUACGCUCGUGCACGGAUGGGAGUUUAGAUGGAAAGAUGGCGAGGUUCAGCGGUGGGUGGGUGCAGAUACGUUUGUGGUUGUUUCACCGGAUGGGUGUUAUCUAUGGUGCUCGAAUCCGGUGUUGGGAAGUGCGAUACUCCAGCGGAGGAAGGAUUUUGUGCAGACGCCGACGGUGAAGCAGUUUAUUGGGAUUUUUGGGUCGAAUGUGUUGCAGUCUAAUGGUGAAGAUUGGCAACGACAGCGAAGAAUCAUCGCCCCCCAUCUGAACGAAAGCAUCAUGGCCACAGUGUGGAAAGAGAGCUGUCUCCAAGCCAAGUCCAUGAUUGAUUAUCUCGUCCACCACCCCGGCGGCGAGACACUAGGCGGCCUGCGCAGCGUGGCAAUCAAUGUCCUCGGUGCAGCUGCAUAUGGAUAUAAUCAACCCUGGUCUCCAGGCUUCGCAGAAAGCUUAAACGAUAGCAAUAACGACGAAAAGAAUUGGGGCAGUGGGCGAAUUGCUUAUUUCAAGACGAUCGCGCUGGUAGUUGAUUCGUUCAUAGCGGCUGUCCUGAUUCCGUCGAGUAUCAAGAAAUUGCCCUUUAUGCCAAAGCAGUUGCAGUUCAUAGGUCGUCAGAUGGAGCGUGUGCCGCAGUACGUCAAGGAGAUUUUCGAUGAACAUCGGAAUACAACCUCAACAACAACAACAAAGUCCCCAGAGGAGUCUAAGGGGAAAGAUUCCCGCAAAAAGGAUAACGUUCUGGACAUGUUACUGCAGUACUCGCAAAACCAUGAAAAAAAGCCCGCUGCUACCAAUGGGUUGUAUCUGACUGAAGACGAGAUGAGUGGGAAUCUGUGGAUUUUCACCGCUGCAGGAUUCGAUACCACGGCAUCGACCAUGGGGUACGCGGUUACACUGCUCACGGUUUACCCCGAAUAUCAGGACUGGAUUCGCGAAGAGCUUUGUGCGAUUGACGAGGCUGAUAUCGCCCCGGAAGAGUAUGAGAAAGGGUUUGCGUUGUGUCCACGCAUAUUGGCUGUCAUGUGGGAAACACUACGCCUCUUCACGCCCGUCCUCCAUUCAAUCCGCUGCGUCAACGGGACCCAACAACUCGCCGGCCCCGAGGGGAAAACGCACCUCCUCUCCGCGCCCAUGGACAUCUUUGUCAGCGCUGAAAUCAUACACAACGACACUACAAUCUGGGGCGCGGACGCCGCCGAAUUCAAUCCAAAGCGCUGGUUCGACGGCAACAAUAACCUCAUUAAACCUCCCAAGGAUACGUUUUUGCCGUGGUCGGCUGGACCCAGAGUAUGUCCCGGCAUGAAGAUGUCGCAGGUCGAGUUCGUGGCGACCAUGGCGACGUUGUACAGGAAUGCCAGGUGUGAGGUGCUUCCAUCAACGGCGAACGAGACGCAGGAAGAAGGGCGGAAGAGGUUAGUGGAUAUUAUGGAGGAUUCGAUUAGCAAGUUGACGCUGCAGGUUAAGGAUGGGAACGAGGUGAAGUUGCGAUGGGUUGCUUAG